AUGGCUCCCUCCGCCAUCGCCACCACUUCCCGCCCCGCCGACGCCGCCGCGCCCGUCGGCAACUUCACCGGCUACGACCACGUCACCUGGUGGGUAGGCAACGCCAAGCAGGCCGCCUCGUACUACACGACGCUGUUUGGCUUCCACGUCGAGGCCUACCGCGGCCUCGAGACGGGCUCGCGCUUCUUUGCCUCGUACGUCGUCUCCAACAAUGCCGUGCGCUUCGUCUUUACCUCGCCGCUGCGCUCCGCCGCGCACCUGCCCGCCGACGACGAGGCGGCCAAUAUCUCGGCCGCUGAGCGCCAGCUGCUCGUCGACAUGUACGCGCAUCUGGAGCGUCACGGCGACGCCGUCAAGGACGUGGCUUUUGAAGUCGAUAAUGUCGCGGCCGUGUAUGAUGGUGCGGUCCGGGGCGGCGCGGUGGCGGUGCAGCCGCCGCGGACUGUGACCGACGAUGAGCACGGUGCGGUGACGACGGCGGUGAUUCGCACGUAUGGCGACACGACGCACACGCUCGUCAACCGCGCGGGCUACACGGGCACUUUUAUGCCCGGGUUCCGCGCGGGAAAGCCGUCGACCAGCAGCGUCAGCGCGCCGGCGGUGCCGCUCGCCCGCAUCGACCACUGCGUCGGCAACCAAGACUGGGACGAGAUGAACGCGGCCUGCAACUUCUACGAGACGGCCCUCUCCUUUCACCGCUUCUGGUCCGUCGACGACAACCAAAUCAGCACCGAGUUUUCCGCGCUCUCCUCCGUCGUCAUGGCGUCGCCCAACAACCUCGUCAAGAUGCCCAUCAACGAGCCCGCGCCCGGCAAGAAGAAGUCGCAGAUUGAAGAGUACGUCGUCUUCAACAGCGGGCCGGGCGUCCAGCACAUUGCCCUCCUCACCCCGGACAUUAUCGGCGCCGUCACCGCGCUGCGCGCCCGCGGCGUCGACUUCAUCAACGUCCCGCAGACGUACUACGACACCAUGCGCCACCGCCUCAAGACGGAGAAGCGCGCGUGGGAGCUGCGCGAGGACCUCGAUACCAUUCAGCGCCUCAACAUCCUCAUCGACUACGACGAGGGCGGCUAUCUGCUCCAGCUCUUCACCAAGCCCCUCAUGGACCGCCCGACCGUCUUCAUUGAGAUUAUCCAGCGUAAUCACUUUGAGGGCUUUGGCGCCGGCAACUUCAAGAGCCUCUUUGAGGCCAUUGAGCGUGAGCAGGCCGAGCGUGGUAACCUGUAA